GAUCCCCUAUGGUCGCUCCCAUCGGCCAUUGCGCCGAGUGUCAACUUGGUUUGACGGUCUAUAUGAACAUGUCAACAUGUGGUGGGUCGGUUAAUUGAAGUGGGGUUGAGCUACGAAUGUAAAAUAGAAUUGCGUGACACGUGUAAAAAGAGUUGGAGAAGAUACUGCGCACGCAUUACUGCAGAUAUGGGCCUGUUCGUAUUCUGGACCAGCGCUUUCAUCUUGUGUGUACAACCGUUGAUAAGUUGUGCUAAAGGCACUGUGGAAACAGCACUGAUUGACCCAUUUGACAUGGGAAGAAUUGAUGCGUCUAAGGAUCAAGAAACAAAAGAAUGGGUCGAUCCAUUUGAUAUGACGUGCUACAGCCACGGAGAAAGGAAGAUGGUGAAAGAACACUCUAAGGCGUGUAAAAACUGCCCAAGUGAAAGAAAUGGAAUGGAAAAGAAUUUUUUGCAAAGACUGGUUAAUUUGUUGAUAAAUCAUUGCGAGAAUGGUGCUGUGGAAGAUACUUCAAUACUUGUGACAGUGACACAGGACCAGUUACGGGAGCUUUACCGACUGAAGGAGGCUGCUGAUAGUGAAGCAACAGUUAGAGUGCUGAACGGAAUAUUUUCGUACAUGACAGUACAUGAGAAAUCCAGCUUUUUAGCAGAUAUUUUCAUCUCAGAUGAGGUUUGGUCAAAUAUUGCUGCAAUGAGUUUUGCUCUUUUACCAGUCUGUGUAUUCCUAAUGGGUGGAACGAUGAGGAGAAUUGUGCUGAUUCUUGCACUUUCUAUUUUUGCUGUAAGUUACUUUAAGACUCAAAAACUACUGCUUAAGAAACUAGAGUUGCAGAAUGAACGCAUUUUGAUGAAACAGACACAGUGCAGCCCGCGUAGGCGAGCAUGGUUCAACUUCUUCGGUUCAGAUAAUGAAGCGGAGUGUUUAAAACAGCUACAUGCUCAGAAGAUUGAUCCUUCUCUAGAAGUUACACCAAUUCAAGUUGUUUCACAUAUGACAGCAGUUGGCUUGCUGCAGCCCAUGGAGCACUUUAGCAUUAUGUUUUCACGUUUUUCGAACCAAAUAUUUGAAUCCCAUUCGAUGCUGUACGGACUGUUUGUGUUCGUAAUUGCGGUUUUCGUUGUAAUUUACGUCAUCACAAUAUUCUGUGCUGGCAUUUUUGGUAGAAACUUCAGUGUCGGGAAUAAGCACAUCUCACUCGGAAUGAAAGGCAGCGCUGAACCGCACACUGAGAGGAUGCAGGCACUACUGGAACCUGCUGCACAAAAUCAGGUGGUUGGAAAAGCAAACACUGAAAUGGCGGUCAUUAACUGUGGACAUUCUCCUCAACCAGUGAUACAGAUAAUUCAUAAUUAUCCCAUUAAACAUGUUGAUGAGCCUGUUGUUGGAAGUGAUUGUCAAAUUAAGCAAGCUGCUUGUGAGAAAAACAUAAACAAUAGUGAACUGAAAUCGGUAGAUUCUGUGGAAGAAGCUCACAAAAUUUCUGAGAUAACACUAGGCAGUUCUAGUACAAAAGGUGAAACCUCAAAGACAUGUGAGUCACAAGACAAAGAGAAGAAAUUAUGAUCUCUUUAUACCUGGGCCAGUGAAACAUGUCACUUGACAGCUCGUGUGUGGUUGGAUACACUGCGACUACAAGGUUGCAAUAGCUGCCACUGCACAUGUCCACAACUCCGAAGUAUGUUUCGUAAAUGUAAGCUACAAUCAACAUUUAUAGUUUCAGAACCGACAAAUUGCUGCUUUGUUGAUGAUGGUACAACAACUUUUGGCUGAACAAACUGCACAACCAACAAACCGUCCAGCUCGACAAGUGCCGCCGGCCGGCAUACCAAUGUUGUGGCAAUUUGAUGACACAGAAGAGGAAUGGCUGGAAUACCUGACUCAGUUCCAAGCACAUUGUCGAGUUUAUUGUGUUUGAGUUACUGUAAAGCUACAAUACUUUUUCCCAAUUGUGGGGUAUCCAGUGUUCAAGUUAAUACAAAAACUGUUCUCAACCACGUCUCCUGACAAACUCAGUUAUGACAAAGUAAUCACUGCAUUAACUCAGUACUAUGACCAGAAAGUUCAAGUAGCAGCAGCUAGAUACCAGUUCGUUUGCUUGCAGAAAAAGAUGGAACAGACAUACUGUCUUAAUAAACAAGCAUGACUAAGAAGUGUAAAUUUAAAGUAUAGAUGUGGCAACUUUUACAGUAAUCUCGUGAUACGUGAUGCUAAACAUUCAAUGUCCCAUAUAGUAGAAUACGGGAACAGAUCAUUAAGUACUCUGACUCAUCACUUCCUCAAGUAUUGCAAAUCUUACAGCAAAAUGAUUUGGGUGCCAUAGUGGCCAGUAAGUUUGACCAGACUACAACUUGUUGGGUCAAGUCGUCCCUUUCUCACAACCACACCGAGCAGCAACAACAAUUAAUGUGUACACAACUGCAUGGACAGCCACGUAGACAUGUAAACAGGCCUGUGAAUUUUGUGACGUCUUGCCCAGAUGUUUUUCUCACCAUAAAAGACAGGAUUGUGCAUCAUGGAACACAAUGUGUUACAUAUGGGAAAAAACAGCCGUGUCCAAGCAGUUUGUUUGCAAUGGCACAAAAAUUCCAAUUUUGCCCAUUACCAGAGCAAACAGGCUUGUGCACAUGCAGUGAACAUUGUGUUUUCCAAACCUUCAACAGGUUGUGACAAAAGAUUAAGGUUGUGCCUCCACCUUGCCUUGUGCUGCGUAGCAAUGUUCUAAUAAACUAUUUGUCUCAUUAAGAAUUGUUGGCCAUCGUGUGUGCUUUCAGUUGGACACAGGUGACUCAGUAACUUUGCUUAAUUGUGCCACGUAUGAACAGUUAGGCUCAUCACACCUUUCUAAAUCUAGCAAGGACCUCAGUGCUUACAAUGAACAGGAAAUUCCGGUGCUUGGACAGUGUAGUUUGCCUGCCACUUACAAGUCUCACAUUAGGACAGUGAAUUUUACUAUGUUUCAAUCAACAGUGAAAAAAGUUUUGGUAUAGAUGCCUUUGAUUUAUCUGGACUUUGCGUCCAAGACAAUGUACCUUCAGUAUUGGCUGUUGCACCAAACGACAAUGUCGCUAGAUUGCGUACAGAAUUUCGUGAAGUAUUUUCAGAAGGAAUGGGAAAAGCUAAUAAGUUUGUACCACACGUUAAAUUGAAAGACAAUACACAGCCUACAUUUUGCCGCACCCACCCCAUUAUAAUGGUACAGUCUCCCCCAGGACUCAUAUGAAAUGUCCGAUACCACCUUUUUUUUAAUAUGCAUCCGGGUAGUUAUCAGACAAUUCAGUGCUUCCAAAGGCCUUGUAUGUGUAUCUGUAUAUAUGUAUUUCUGUCCUAUUUGAUAAAAACUUGAUAUUCAUUGGGAAGGCAUGUGGAAUGUUCUAGAAGGUCGUGCGUUGUCAUAAUUAUCGGUGGAUUGUUGUCAUUGAUAAAAUUAUGUUCAUGUACUAAAUUAAGUAACUAAUCAUGAAAUUGAAGUAAUAAGUCCUUAGAAAUGAAUAAUUAGAGACUGCAGAGAUGUUAGGAUGAAAAAUCAAUGCUUCUAAUUAACAAAAUUGCAAUCUAAUAGUGCAGUAACCUUAGGCCUCACUAUCCUGAGGAACAGCUUAAAAGUUAUUACCAAGCAAUGUAUUUUCAUUUGUUAUUUAUUUUUAUGACUUCCUCUGUAAUUAAUAUUCUUUGUGAUUACAUUUCUAAUUAACUCUCUAAUUGUUUACAUCUCACAGUUUUUCAAAUUCCAGAAUUUGUGGCCUUAUUUGUAUGUUCUAUGUAUUUAAUCAGAUAAGGCACUUGUUAUUAACCAAAUCCAAACUUUAAUUAAUUAUGUAACUAAAAUAAUAUGACAGACAUUAUUGUAAGUAAACUGCAGAAUGAUUUUCUUAUGGAAAACUACAGGUAUUACUAUAAAAGAUUGUCAUUGAGUAUUGUAUUUUAUACAUCAUUCGGCUGUAACAUCAGUUUCUUUAUGAUAUGUAAAUUUUAAUUGUUACAUCAAAAUUGUACAAAAUUAAUAAUACUGUAUUUGGGAAGUUAUUGUUAAAAGUCUAUACAAAGCAAUGCAGCAAGCCUGCAAGUUAGUUGUUGAGUUGUUGUUUUGUCAGUCAGUUUUAAAGUUACUUUUGGAAGUCAAAGAGAUCAGUGAAGUCUGUUCGUGUUUUGUUUACAUGACAAGUGUGCAGUUCGGAUGUCAAUUAAUGUGAAUAAACUUGGUGAAGCAUGAAAAGUUCCCAUUCAUUCAUCAAUGGACCAGGCAGAAGAAACUUAAGUAACAUUCAACAUGAAUGCCUGAAUAAAUUUAUACCAACAAAAAUAAUUACUGCAUUAUAAUUACCUUAAAGUGUUGAAGCUCUGUACAUGAAAGGAACAUUUUCCAUGAAGGGAGCCUCUAGUAGUUAAUAAAAAAAAUGUAAAUGCAUUAUUGUAAUUAUGUAUUCGAGAAGUUAUUCUCGUAUAAAAUGAAAGACAUGUUCUAAUAUUGUAGUGCACUUACUGUUCUGGAGCAGACAUACAUUUAUGUAUGUAUCUUCAGUUUUUAUAUGUCAAUUUUAAUUGUUGAUUAAUCAAAAAAUUAUUCUAGACAUUGCCGCUGGACCUGAUGGGAUACCAGUUUGAUUUUACACAGAGUACGCAAAGGAACUUGCCCCCCUUCUUGCAGCAGUGUACCAUAGGUCUCUAGAAGAGUGUAGUGUUCCAAAGGAUUGGAAAAGGGCACAGGUCAUCCCCGUUUUCAAGAAGGGAUGUCGGACAGAUGUGCAGAACUAUAGACCUAUAUCUUGAACAUCGAUCAGUUGUAGAAUUUUGGAACACGUACACUCCUGGAAAUUGAAAUAAGAACACCUUGAAUUAAUUGUCCCAGGAAGGGGAAACUUUAUUGACACAUUCCUGGAGUCAGAUACAUCACAUGA